CCGGUCCGCUGUACAAGUCUGCUCGGGUACAUAUAGUUUGUAGAUCGUUUCUCGAGCGACGACAGUGUGACCGUUUGUUGACUGUGAGCUGUGUGUCACGCGACAAACGCGGGUUUAUGUUGACUUCCAGUUCUCCUUUGACAAAGUGCUCAUUUAAGACGACCCAAGUUAAACGUUUGAGUGGUAAAUGUUAUCUUUGUUCAUGGCGAUAUUCGAAGACCAUUAGGACAAAGUUCGAUAAAUUAAAAAAGGUUUUUAACCUUUUUUUAUUUUUCAAACAUUGUCAAGAAGAUCCCAAACCUUCACAAAGUGGUUCGAGAAUGGCCAACAACAGGGAUGAAAACGAGAGCACCCCUCUAUUGGACUCUGGGAACAGUAGACCUUCACCACCCUCGGUUUUCCAGGGAAGAAGACUGGCUUGUGCCGCCGUCCUGCUGGCUGAAUCAUUGGAGAGGAUCGCAUUCUACGGCAUCACAUCAAACCUGGUCCUUUUCCUCAAUGGCAGUCCCUUCUAUUGGGAGGGCACUCAGGCGAGCCAGGCGCCGCUGAUGUUCAUGGGAGUCACCUACCUGAUCUCACCUUUUGGAGGCUGGUUGGCGGAUGCAUACUUGGGCAAAUUCUGGACAAUCGCUUCAAGUUUGAUCCUAUACUUUCUCGGCAUGCUGUUUUUCCCUUUUAUUGCCAACGAAGACACCAGGAUACAGCUGUGUGGAGAGGAGAUGGCGUUUCCCGUUCAGCCUGCCGAGUGUCUGAGCACAAACAGUACCCCUCCAAGAAAUGUAACCUGCCCCAUUCGCUCAGCAUAUUGUGGCCCAGCCAUCUACGGUGGACUGGUUUUAAUCGCAUUGGGCGUGGGCACUGUAAAGUCCAACAUCACUCCCUUUGGGGCAGAUCAGGUCAAAGACAGAGGACCAGAGGCCACGCGCAGAUUCUUCAACUGGUUCUACUGGUGCAUCAAUUUAGGAGCCAUCAUGUCUCUGGGAGGUGUGGCCUACAUACAGCAGAACUUCAACUUUGAGCUGGGCUACAUCAUUCCCACCGUGUGCCUCGGGAUCUCCUUCCUGGUCUUUCUCCUGGGCCGUACGGUCUUCAUCACCAAGCCUGCUGACGGCAGCGCCUUCACAGAUAUGGCCAAGAUCCUGACCUUCGCCUGCUGUUCGAAGAAACCAAAGGAGCCUAACCUGCUCCGCAACAAACCGACCCUGCUGGACAGUGCCAAAGUCACCUAUGGAGGAAAAUAUCCAGAAGAGAAAGUAGAGGAAGUGAAAUCUGUAGUGAAAAUUCUCCCAGUUUUCUUCGCCCUUAUCCCAUACUGGACCGUGUACUUCCAGAUGCAGACAACAUACGUCCUGCAGAGCCUCCAUCUGAGGAUCCCCGAUAGCGCCUCAAACAUCUCUGCUGACUCCCACCAGAUGACGUUCCACUUCCCUGCGGCCUGGCUCACCAUGUUUGACGCAGUGCUCAUCCUUAUGCUGAUUCCUCUUAAGGACAAAGUGGUGGACCCCAUCCUGAAACGCCGCGGCCUGCUGCCCUCUUCUUUGAAAAGGAUCGCAGUGGGAAUGUUCUUUGUGAUGUGGUCGGCCGUGGCAGCGGGUAUUUUGGAGACCAAGCGGCUGGAGAUCGUCAAAUCAAAUGGUACCAUUGACCAGGUGCUCGGCAACGUUAUCUACCACGCGGCAGAUUUACCCAUAUGGUGGCAAAUUCCUCAGUACGUGCUCAUAGGAAUCAGCGAAAUCUUUGCCAGCAUUGCAGGUCUGGAGUUUGCAUAUUCUGCAGCCCCCAAGUCCAUGCAGAGUGCCAUCAUGGGGCUCUUCUUCUUCUUCUCUGGGAUUGGCUCCUUUGUGGGCUCCGGUUUGCUGGCUAUUGUCUCCGUCAAGGAGAUUGGCUGGAUGUCAUCCCACAGGGACUUUGGCAACAUCAAUGACUGCUCUCUGCACUACUACUUCUUCCUGCUGGCGGGCAUCCAGGGCGUCACCUUGCUCGUCUUCCUCAUUAUCUCGUUCAAGUACGACAAGCAGAGGGGCAGAGCGGGAAGCCAGAGGCAGAGACACGUCUCCUCUUGACCCGCUCACGUGUCCGUGUGCCAUGCCGGCCUGUUUCAGUCGCAUCGCUCGGUGCCAAAUCGCCCUGUUGAAAUAGGUACUUACAAAUCAAAGCCCACACAAGUCUGCUUUAUUUUAGUGGCUCUUGUUUUUGUGACGAUAAUGGUUCCAUCACUGGAUGCAGGCACAGAAAGUAUAGAUAUGAACACAGGAGCCCUGUUUGAAAUCAGUUCUAGCAGUUUGUUUACUCUUUUUGCCUUUUUUUGACCAUUUGCACUUGACUUGAGGAGUGGUGCCAUGAAUAUUCACGAUCUCCAGAUAUUUUCUUAUCAUGAAGAAUGCUCGGUUGUUUUUAUAGUUUGGAUUUAUAUUGUUUGUUCUCUAACAAAGUCUUAUGUUUGGACUUUUGCUAACUAUUUUACUGACCCUGGUGUAAAACAUCUGUAUUUAAAUGAUUUCUGGAAAAUGUUGUGCAUUAAAUGUACAUAUUCAGCAUUAUUUUUUUACAAUGAUUGAUUACAAUGACCUUUGUUGGACUUUUAGAGUGCUUUAAAUACCUAUGCGGUUACUUAGCUGUGAUUGAAUGUUGAAAUGUGUUUUAACUGGAGUUAAUAUAUUGUUGCAGAAUUUGCUGGAAGUCCUUGCUUUUAAUGACAGAAUGGGGCUCUUGUUUGAGGAGAUUCCAAAGAAAGUACUUUUCAAAUAUAAUAUCAAGAGAAAAAAGCUCCCACAUUUGUUACCACUGCCUGCGAUUACAUACUGUAAAUCCACAUAAAUCCAUCCAAUAAAUCCGCUAUAAAUCCUCAAACAGACCCAUACAUGAAUACUAAUAACUCCUCAUGGUAAAAAUAGUCCAAUCAUUCUACAGAGCUUCACAGCAGUUUUUCUAUUUCUGGUCAAGCUGUUAAACUACCUGACAAACAACUAAUUAUAAGUUUACAGGCAACCUCGAUUCAUAGUUAUAAUUCCAUAAUAAAAUAAAGCAUAACUUUCACAGUAUUUGCUGCCAGGAACCGGUUAACAUUGUUAACUUGGCUUUGCAACUUUUUCCGAUUUUUUUUUUUUUAAGAAGCUUCCGUUUUGUUUUACCUAUUUGACGGUGAUUCAUCUGAUUUGGUUUUGUAGUUCUGAGAAAAAUGUGUUGCGUUGCUUGAAUUCAGUAGCGUUCAAGGUAUUUCAUUUUAUUAAGACAAGAAACUCUCAGGGCUCCAGGAAAAGAGUAACAGCACAUGCAUCCCAAGAAUCUAUUUCUUGUAUUUAAUUGGUCGGUAAACUAGAUUUUCUUGUGUUAUUGCAUUAUACAUACGAAAAAUGUUUUACGUUUAUUUUGGAAUUGUAUUCUUAUUUCGUGAUGCUUCAGAUCUGGGAUAUUGUUUUUGCCAUUAUUAAAGUAUAUUACAUAAAGUA